GUCUCUGACAGCACACGCAAGGACACAAGGAUGCUUUUUCUACUCUCUCUUACAUCGCUGUUUCUUACAGCUACAGAAAGCCUGAUGCUACCUUCCAAUCUGGACAGUGGUAUUUGCCCCCUUGGGCAGUUCCCGUGUGGAAAUCUUUCUGUAUGUUUGCCCCAACCCCUGCAUUGUAAUGGGCACAAGGACUGCGCAAACGGAGAUGAUGAGGAAAACUGUGUGGAUAACAGUGGCUGGCCAAAGCUGUUUGAUAUCAUACAGAGUGCCCGUGGCAACCGAGCAAUGCUGGAGGAUGAGAUCCAUGACUGUGAACUGGAUCUAUCCCCUGAACACUGUAUAUGUCGGAGACGAAUGAUAAACUGCUCAAUGCUGGAACUGCGCACUGUGCCACUAGUAUCGUCCAAUGUGACAAUUCUGGAUCUGAAGGAAAAUAAAAUAAAAUUUCUACCAGAUGGUGGAUUCCAAACAUAUCAGAAACUGGAGAGACUAUUUCUCCAAAACAACAAACUCCGUUCCAUCUCACGCUUCGCUUUCUCAGGUCUUUUUAGACUACGGAUACUGUAUCUAAGUCACAAUCGGAUCACAUCACUGAAGACCGGGGUGUUCAAAGACCUUCACUCCCUUGAAUGGCUGAUUUUGCAUAACAACAAAGUUGCCAAAAUAGUUCCAGGCUCCUUCUCUGGUCUGCAGUCUGUGUAUUUCUUAGAUAUGCUCAACAAUUCUAUUCGUGAUAUUCCAAAAGAUUCCAUUUGUACAGAAAUGCCUCACCUCAACUGGUUGGACUUGGAGGGAAAUCGAAUCCGCACAGUUCGUAGCUCAGUGUUUCAGGAAUGUAUCACAGUCCUGAGCCUGCGGAGAAACAAGAUUCACAAGAUCCAACAGGGAGCUUUGUCCCAGAUGAGCAAGUUAGUGGAUCUGGACCUAUCAGACAACCAGAUCACAGAACUGCCACCCUCUCUGUUCAAUAACCUACAGGACCUCCAACAGCUGAAUAUCUCCUUCAACCCUUUGAAGCACAUCCCUCACAACCAGUUUAAUCUUCUGACUCACCUGCAUUCCUUAAAUAUGGAAGAUAUGGAGAUUCCAAACAUUAAUAAUCUAAUGUUCUCCAAUCUGAACCUAUCUCACAUAUACUUCAAGAAGUUCCAGUACUGCAGUUAUGCUCCUCAUGUGCGCAGUUGUAAGCCCAACAGUGAUGGUAUCUCUUCUUUUGAGAAUCUUCUGGCCAACAUCUUGCUCCGAGUCUUUGUAUGGGUCAUGGCUUUUAUCACCUGUUUCGGGAACAUUUUCGUGAUCUGCAUGAGGUCCUUUAUAGUGACGGAAAACUGCCAACACACUAUGUCUAUCAAAUCUUUGUGCUGUGCAGAUUUCCUGAUGGGAUUCUACCUCUUUUGUCUUGGUGCCUUUGAUAUUAAAUUCCAGGGAGAGUACAAUAAGCAUGCUCAAAUCUGGAUGGAGAGCUGGCAGUGUAAACUGGUGGGAUCAAUGGCCAUGCUGUCCUCUGAGGUCUCGGUCAUGCUUCUCACCUACAUGACUCUGGAGAAAUACUUCUGCAUUGUCUUUCCAUUCAGCCACUUUAGAGUAGGCCGUGGGCAGACUUUGUGUAUAUUGACUGCCAUUUGGGGAGUAGGCUUCUUCAUCACCAUCAUCCCCUUCUUGAGCUAUGAAACAUUUGGGAACUUCUAUGGCCGGAAUGGAGUGUGUUUUCCACUGCAGUCAGACAGCACAGAGAAAUCUGGUGCUCGAGGAUAUUCCAUCGGCAUCUUUCUAGGGUUGAACUUGCUGGCUUUUAUCACCAUUGUCUUCUCCUACAGUAGCAUGUUCUAUUCUAUACACAAGACUGGGACUAAGACAGCAGAGCGCAGUGUCUUGUCACGAGAGGUCACUAUUGCAAAAAGAUUUUUCUUUAUAGUCUUUACCGAUGCCCUGUGCUGGAUUCCUAUAUUUUUACUGAAGGCCGUAUCUCUUACAGAGGCGGAUAUUCCAGGCACCAUUACGUCAUGGGUUGUGAUUUUUAUUUUGCCCAUUAACAGUGCUCUGAACCCCAUUCUAUACACACUCACCACCUCAUCCUUCCAAGAGAAAGUCAAGCAAUGUCUACAGCGGAAACAAAGUCAUACGCAGGAUUCAGUAAAGAGUUUUAGUUUGGUUUCUAUCCACAUCAACCCUGCUUGACACAGUCGGCACACGAUGCACUCACAGCAGUGGACACUGCACUCUGUGUAACAUCUCACCCAAUGAAUGUAGGGUUGAGAAAUAAGCUACCACUAUCCUCAUACAAAGACUGUGCCUUCCAUAGAUCCAUUGUUUAAGAGCGAUCAGGACCUCCUUUUGUAAUUUACAUGUAUACCCAUUCUUUCUUUGAACACAAGCAAUGCCACAUCCUAUUCUAUACGUCACCAUCAAUAAGGUCGUAUAUGUUGAUCACACGAAAACUGAGUUUUUACACCCCCUAAAGUGCACAACAUUAUGGUUAGGCCAAUAAACAAGGACAGUGCAUAUGGACUGCUUGUUAUUACCAAAUAGAGCAUUUCUACACUGGGCAGGCGAAAAUAGAUUCAAUAGAGCAGUUUGGAGUUGUUCUGUUGUACAGUUCUCAUUAAAUACAUAAACAAAAACAAUAAAAAAAAAUAGUUACUAGAGAACAUUACUCAAUAUUUUAGAACUUCCGUCCUGAAGAUCUAAUUACCCGGCAAUGCAAUGUAUUCACUGUGCACAAGCAUCACUAACUACUCUGGAUUGUGAAAAUCAAGAGUAUUGUACAAAAACAAAACUGUAUGUGUAUAUUAUAUAUAUUUUUACAUUCCUUAUGAUAAGUUCCAUUAUUUGUACAUUACUUACAGGUGUAAAUAUGAAGGGCAUUUUUAAACGAAAUUCAUGAAGAUAUCCAUGGUUAAUUGGCUCUACAUUCAGAUUAUUGUACAUUGUCUUUGGUAACUAAGAAUUGGAACAGUGCCAUCCACAAGGUGCAUCUUCCAGGGCUAUGAAACUAUAAUUCCCACAAUGCUUUGGACUCAAACUUUUAUGAUGUCUAAUUUGACAGCUGGAGAGCUACCUAUUUGGCUACCCCUGGGCUAAACUAUUAGACCAAGCUGAGCUUUUAAAACAAUUUGUAGUGCUGAUAAUUUAAAUCCUAGCAAAAGGCAACGUGAGACUUUAUUCAAGACUACGUUAUCAAA